GAGAGAGAGAGAGAGAGAGAGACGUUUGAGCCGUCAUUUUCCAACGUCUGAAAAGUGUGGAAUUCCUCUUCAGAAAAAGACGAAACACCAUAAACCCCUAAAAUACUUUAAUCAAAGUACAAUUCCCUCAAUUAAAUAAAAUUAUUUUCUCGAAAUCUGGCAUAUAGUUGAAAAAAAUAAACAAUAGCCGUUUGAAUUCUACUGUAAUUUUUGUUUUUGAAGCUGAAGUUGAGUUGCGAAAAUGGCGGCCUAAGUCAAAGAGGCUGAACUCUCUCACACUGCAUUGAUCUCUCUCGAGCUCUCAGAAUUUAAGCAAUCCAAACAGUGAAUUUGUUUGUCGAAGGAUCCUCAUUGGCGUUGCCGUUUACUCAAUCACAACUUGAGUCAGAAAAUGUUCCUAAACUUAUAUGUAUUACCUAAAUAUCACUGAGCCUCUUCUCGAGCAACGUCUCUGCUUUGCAGUGAGCAUUGUGGUGUUUCUAUCUGGCUUUUGCAAGUUACUCAAAAGAUUGUGGCACCGCCAGUUCUCCCAAUUAAAUAUUUAUUUGAAAGAGGUUGCAAUCAGCAGUUUCAGUAUGGAGCCUUCACAGAAUCAUAAUUUUGUGCAAUUUCAUUCCCCAGAAUAUGGAAACGAAGAUCAUGGUUCUGAAUCACAAGGUUUUAAAAAGGAACCUUCAGGUCAUGCAAAUGCCAGUUUGAAGUCUCCAGACAUUACCUUUUCAGAAGCUAAACCUGUACAUAAUUACUCUAUACAGACCGGUGAGGAGUUUGCUCUUGAAUUUAUGCGUGAUCGAGUCAACCCCAGAAAGGAUAUUCCAAAUAACUCUGGGGAUUCCAACCAUGCACCUCGUUACAUGGAGCUAAAAGGCAUUAGUCAUACUGGCUCCGAAAGUGGCUCGGAUAUCUCUAUGGUUGCAACAACAGAAAAAGAUUCAAGAGAAUUUGCACAAAAGAAUACAUCUUUACAUGUGGACAAGGCUAACGAUGGUUCUUUACAAUAUAUGCAAUCAAAUUACAACAGCCACCGCGUACUGUCAUAUACCUCAUCUGGAGCAUCAGACAGCUCAUCAACAAAGCUUAAGAUUCUAUGCAGCUUUGGUGGAAGAAUUCUGCCACGUCCAAGUGACUGUAAGCUGAGAUAUGUUGGUGGAGAAACACGCAUAGUCCGGAUAAGCAAGGAUAUUACAUGGAGAGAGUUGUGGCAGAAAACAACUGCAAUUUACGAUGAAACAGCUGCUAUAAAAUAUCAGCUUCCUGGGGAGGAUCUUGAUGCUUUAGUUUCCAUAUCGAGUGACGAAGAUUUAUUGAACAUGAUGGAGGAGUGUAAUCUUCUGGAAGAUGGAAAAGAAUCAAAAAAGCUUCGCAUGUUUCUUUUCUCUCCAGCAGAUUUGGAUGAAGCUCAUUUCAGUCUGGCAAACCCUCAUGGUGAUUCAGAGAUGAAAUACGUAGUUGCUGUCAAUGGCAUGGACCUUGGAUCUCGAAAAGGCUCUGCUUUAUGUGGUUUAGCUAGCUCUUUCGGAAACAAUCUAAAUGAGUUGGACAGACUGAAUGUUGAUAGGGACACAAGUAGGAUUGCCACUGGAUUUGUUGGAGUUAGUAACUCAAACUUGGUUGGCUUUGUUGCACCGCCAACAUUGAUUGAGCCUUCUGCGGCAACUGUGUCAAUUUCUUCCAAAGCUUAUGAAACUGAUAUGCGGUUUUUUCAUGGUCAGACUGUGCACAACGAUCAAGAAAGGCAUUAUCCUUCACAAUUUGGCUAUAAUUUUCACUCUCCCUACUAUUCGCCUUCUGAAAGUGCUGUGCCACAAUCUUCCUAUGGACUUAUUUCUGAACAGAAAGAUCUUGAAGGGAAGUAUGUGAAUGCCUUGGGCCCUGUUUCUGAACCGAAAGGCCUUGAAGGAAAGCCUCUAAAUAGCUCAGACACAGUGUUCACAGGACCGCAAGAAAAGGAGGCUAAGCUGAAAGUUGAAGACCUAAUUCAAACAGAGAGUGAAGGUAAGCAAAUGUUUGAUAAUGAGCAUUUUGUUCCUUUGCAGGCACCCGGUGAUAACACUAAAGUUAGUUUUCCUGUUGAAGAGUCAUCGGUCAUGGUGGUACCUAAACUAGAUAGAGAAUUUUCUUCGAAGGAUUCAAAUGGCAAAGGGAAACCUGAGGAACCUAUGCAGGUACCUAAACCUCUCGAUGCUGUUAUGUCGUCUGGACUUCCCUCAUCCAAUGGCAAUGAGUAUUUUACUUCUGGUAAUGACCCUGUUCCUGAAUCCGUCUCAGAGUCUAACCCUACUGAUUUGAGUUACUUUGAGUCUUCUAUUCCCCCACAGAGAGUUUACCGUUCUGAAUGGAUUCCUCGAGAGCAGUUGGAGUUGCUUAGCAGAAUAUCGAAGUCAGAUGAUUCGCACAAUUCUCAGUUUCUAGUUAAUCAGUCACAAAAUGAUACUUCCCAGCAUGAAUUAGUUGCAGCAUCUGUUGAAAACUUGCAACAGGGAAAUGUGGAUAUUCCAGCCGAACAGUCAGUUUCUAUUGAAAGGUCUUCCCAUCAGGAACAGGAAACCUUUGAUAAUGGGCUUACUAGAACUCCAAAGUUGAAGCAGACAGACCCUCUUGAAGUUGGAGAUUCCAUGCAUGAAAAUUACGUUAUUAAGGCAGAGACAGAACUAGUAUUGAAGCUCCAUAACAGAAGCCUCGAGGACAGUUCAGCUGUUAGCAAUGAGGAUUCAGUGAAAUACCCUGAGGAUUCUAGAAUUCAUUGUGUUGACGAGGUUGGCAGUCAGUCAAUUGCUAACGAUGGCUAUGGGCUUCCUCAAUCUUCAACAUGGAUAGGGACUCGAGAAGAACCCAAUGUCGAUGCUCCCAAAACCAAGCAGGCAGACAUUCUUAUUGAUAUCAAUGACCGGUUCCCCCGUGAUCUUCUUUCUGACAUAUUCUCAAGAGCUGUUCUUUCUGAUGGUUCAUCUGAUUUUGGUCCAUCACUACAGAAUGAUGGAGCUGGUUUGAGUGUGAACAUUGAGAAUCACGAUCCUAAACACUGGUCCUUCUUUCAGAAACUGGCAGGGGACCAGUUCACGAGAAGGGAUGUUUCUCUUAUUGAUCAAGACCAUGUUAUGUUUUCUCCAGGACUUACAAAGGUCGAAGAGGAGGCUCCUUUAGCGUAUGACUUUGUACCACUGACUAGAGAUGGAAUUCUUCCAAACAGGGGAGUGCAGGAGAAAUAUGGUGAAGAUGGUCAGAAAGAUGGAGCUGUUUCUACAGCUAUUCAUUCUGAUUAUAACGUAUCACGUAUGAACGUCAGUGAAGGCAUGCAAUACGAUGAUUUGAUUGAUAAUAGAAUUCGUGACUCAGAAUACGAGGACGGAUUUGGAAUUGUUGGCUUACCUCUUCUAGAUCCUUCUUUGGUGGAUUUUGAUAUCAGCUCAUUGCAGAUCAUAAAAAAUGCGGAUCUCGAGGAACUGAGGGAGCUUGGUUCUGGCACAUUUGGUACUGUAUACCAUGGAAAAUGGAGAGGCUCAGACGUGGCAAUCAAGCGUAUAAAGAAGAGUUGCUUUACUGGUCGCCAAUCUGAGCAAGAGAGACUGACAAUUGAGUUUUGGAGGGAAGCUGAAAUUCUAUCAAAGCUGCACCAUCCAAACGUGGUUGCAUUUUACGGUGUGGUACAAGAUGGACCAGGCGGAACAUUGGCCACUGUGACAGAGUACAUGGUUGAUGGUUCUUUAAGACAUGUUCUAGUUCGAAAGGAUAGGAAUCUUGAUCGCCGAAAGAGACUCAUGAUUGCCAUGGAUGCAGCUUUUGGAAUGGAAUAUCUGCAUUCAAAGAAUAUAGUGCACUUUGAUCUCAAAUGCGACAAUUUGCUGGUUAACUUAAAAGAUCCAUCAAGACCUAUAUGCAAGGUAGGGGAUUUUGGUUUAUCGAAAAUAAAACGAAACACCUUGGUUUCCGGUGGAGUUCGAGGAACUCUUCCAUGGAUGGCUCCAGAGCUUCUAAACGGAAGUAGCAAUAAAGUUUCCGAGAAGGUCGAUGUUUUUUCAUUCGGUAUUGUCUUGUGGGAGAUACUCACCGGGGAGGAGCCUUACGCCAACAUGCAUUACGGUGCAAUCAUAGGUGGCAUUGUGAACAACACAUUGAGGCCAACGAUUCCGAGCUAUUGUGAUUCGGAAUGGAGAAUAUUAAUGGAGCAGUGCUGGGCGCCUAAUCCUGCAUUAAGGCCUUCGUUUACCGAGAUAACUAAUCGACUGCGUGUAAUGACUACUCCCUCACCCCAGACGAGAAAGACGGGUUCGUAGUUAAUUAACUAAAUAUGGUUCGAUAAAUUAGUCUUCUUUUACUAAUUAAAUUAUACCAAUAGAUUUGUUCAUUUAAUUGGAAAAAAAUGGUCUGUUUAACGUAGUUAUAUUUGAAUAUUUGUAUACAUAAAUAUUUGAUUAUUAUGAUAGUGUUAACUUAUAU